ACCUCAUCUCUUCUCCUCUCUCUCUCUCUCUCUCUCUACCUUAUUUUCUUUCUGUUCUUUUUCUUCUUUUCAUGGCUUCGACCAAUCUGAAACAACGCAUCAAAGAUGGUCCGAGCACGCCCUUCCCCACCAACAACACCACCAAAAGAGAGAAGAAAAUGGCGAUGGCCAAACGGGGCCUUCGUUCGCUCACCACAGCGGUCUCCAUCCCUCUGUCCCUAACCCUCGUCACCAUCUACUUCUCCGGCGCCACUGACCGCUACCGAACUCUGCCAAAGCCCUUCUGGUUCCCGCCGCUGUGGGCCGUGCACGCGACCUCCAUGGCCUCGUCUCUCCUAAUGGGCCUCUCCGCCUGGCUUGUGUGGGCCGAGGGCGGCUUCCACAAAAAGCCCACCGCUCUCCCGCUUUUCGUAGCCCAGCUCGCCUUGAGCUUGAUCCGAGACCCGAUUGUGUUCGGAUACGGAGGGACUCGGGUGGGGUUGGUGGUAUGCAUGGGACUGUUUGGGGCCUUGGUAGGUUGUGCCCGGAUGUUCAGAGAGGUGAAUCCGAUUGCAGGUGAUUUGGUAAAACCGUGUUUGGCUUGGACUGCCUAUGUGGGUGUUGUAACUCUUAAGCUUCUUUUUGCCUGAAAGGCUGGGUUUUUUUUUUGUGUCUGUUGUGUAAGUAACGGGUUAGAGGACCCUUUAUGUUUGGAGCUUUGUAUUGUAGCAUAUUUACCUUCGUUCAGGGAAAGGUUAUGUUUGGUUCAAGGGAAAAUGAAAUUGAGAAAAGAAUUGUAUUGGCAGUGGUUUGAAGGAGGUCUGUUAUAUAGAGUCUGUUGAUGGUAUUAAAGAUUUUGAAAAGUUGAGCAAAGUUCUGUGUUUUUCCAUCAAUGUGAUUCAAAUAUUCUGUA